UUCUCCCUGUUGCUCUUCGAGCUGCUUACUAAAAGACCCAGCCUCGAUUCUUUUUGUCUGUCUGCUGUUGUCCGCUCGAUUGAACUCAAUUUCUCAGGUAGUUAGUUACCUGUCGAGUGCGCAUCCCGAGGUAACAAUCUGAAGCAAGCCAUGGCUGACCAAUCCGAAACCGGCCUGCCCCCGAACUGGGAGGUGCGCCACAGCCAGUCCAAAAACCUCCCCUACUACUUCAACUCGGUCGAGAAGGUCUCGCGCUGGGAACCACCCGCGGGCACCGACACGGAGAAGCUGAAGAUCUUUAUGGCUACGUACCACAGCAGCAAGAACCUGGCGGCGCCCACGGGCGAGGACCGGCAGCCGGGAAAGAUCCGCGCGGCGCACCUGCUGGUUAAGCAUCGCGACAGUCGGCGGCCCUCGAGCUGGCGCGAGAACCAGAUCACUCGGAGCAAGGAGGAGGCACUCGAGAUCAUCAAGGCGCACGAGGCGCGCAUCAAGGGCGGCGAGAUCUCCCUCGGUCAGCUGGCGCUCACCGAAUCGGACUGCAGCAGUGCGCGGAAGCAGGGCGAUCUGGGCUACUUUGGUCGAGGGGACAUGCAAAAGGAGUUCGAGGACGCUGCGUUCGCCCUCAGGCCAGGCGAGAUUUCCGGCAUUGUCGACACGGCGAGCGGGCUGCACCUGAUCGAGCGGCUCGAGUAAGGUUGUUGAAGGGGCAAGUAAGCAACACAACGAACAUGAUUGUUUGGUUGUAACAUACCUCCGGACGACGUUCCUUUGUUCGACAGCCUCGAUCUACACUUCCAUCAAGGGGCAGCACCAAGGCGAUGUUGUCGGUCCGAUGUGGACACUACAACAGCAAGCAUUUCAUGAAGGUUAACAGCAAAAGCAAGCAUAUUUCCAAUGGUCAUCUGGCCGAUUUCUCCAAAUACACUAGGAUUCCCUAUGAAUUGUGCAAGGUGGCCAUCCACAUCAACUGGGGGACGCAUAUGCGCCAGCGUUGCCCUUCUCCAUUCAGCACGCCCUUUUGCUUAACAGGCUCUCUCCACGUACAUAGAAUCGGCCCAUGUGUCCCUCUACUUCCUUCGGCAGGGUAUAUUAAGAUU